UGGGACUAGCGCGAGUUGGAAAGUUUGCCUGAGGUGUUAGUACAAGCUUGGAGCUGCCGGACACGCGCUGCCCUGGGAGCGCGAGCCGGCCAGUGACCAAAACCUUGUGCGACCGAGCUCAACAGCAAUACAUCCAGAUUCUCCACAGAAGUGUGACUUUCCAAAGGACCAAUGACUCUGUCUCCCGUGCCCUUUCAUUUCUUCCUACUCUGUAGCUAUGUCUCGAUCCCGCCAUGCAAGGCCUUCCAGAUUAGACAGGAAGGAAGAUGUAAACAAAAAGAAAAACAGCCAGCAAAAGAAGACUUACAAGCCAGCCAACAAAAAUGUGACAUCGGUCAAGACUUUAAGCCCUGGAAAAUUAAAGCAAUUAAUUCAAGAAAGAGAUGUUAAGAAAAAAACAGAAUCUAAGCCACCUAUUCCAGGCAGAAGCCUUCUUACAAGAGCUGGAGCAGCACGAAUGAAUUUGAAUAGGACUGAGGUUCUUUUUCAGAACCCAGAGUCUUUAACUUGCAAUGGGUUUACAAUGGCUCUCCGAAGCACCUCUCUUAACAGGCGACUCUCCCAACCCCCAUUUGUCACAGCCAAGUCCAAGAAAGUUCCAUCUUCUAAGGAUUUAGAAAAGCAACACAAUUGUGAUUAUAAGGUACUCACUGACAUGGGAGUAAAGCACUCAGAAAACGAUUCAGUCCCAAUGCAAGAUACCCUAAUCUCUCCUACUAUAGAUAAUCUAAUCUGUGUACAAAAUGCCUCUUUAAUUCAAGGUGAGAGCCUAGAGGCAACCCAAUCUUGGUCCCAAAGGGUUGAAGACUCUAAAAUUAGUAUCCCCAUUCACAAUGGCCCUGCAACAGAGAUCCUUUCUGGGCCUUUAAAGGGGACAUGUUGUGAAGGACUGUUUUCUGAAGAGACAUGGAAUGAUACCGGUGGUCCCCCUAGAGUGUUUCCUCAGGACACUGUGUGUGCUUCUUUACCCCAAAGAGCAGCUCCCAAAGUUACCUCUCAAAGAAACACCAGCAUUCAGUUAGAAGACUUGGGUUCACGAGUAGAAUCUCUUAAGUUGUCCGAUUCUUACCUGGAUCCCAUCAAAAGUGAGUAUGAUUGCUGUCCCACCUCCAGCUUUACUAAGAUUAUACCUGAAUUGAACCCUAGAAACUACGUAUCUAUUGGUGGAUCUACAUAUCCUACCUCUGUAAUGAAAUUCUUCUUAACAGGCUCACAACAAGAAAUCCUUGGUGCUAAACCAGAUCAUCAAGAGGCCUUCAAACCUACGGCAGAUCAACAGGAAGUUCCUGAUACCACCUCUGUCCUAGGGCAGGCCUUUGGUGCUAUCCCACAUCAAUGGGAAUUUCCUGGUGCUAACCUAGUUCAUGGUGAGGCCUUGGGUGAGAACCCAGACCCACCAGAGAUUCCUGGUGCUAUUCCAGUACAAGGAGAGAUCUUUGGUACUAUCUUAGACCAACAUGAAACCAUUCGUGCGGGUGGGGGUGUUGUCCCAGACCUGCCUAUCUUCCUUCCUGUUCCUCCAAUCACAGUUGCUACCUAUAGUGCUCCUCCCAAAUGGCUUGAGCUCCAGGGUGCUAUGCAUAUUUUGCCUUUGGGCUCAGGACACACUCCUCAAUCAUCAUCAAACUCAGAGAUAAGUUUGGUACCUCCAGUAAUGGCUAUAAGCAAUGUGGAAAAUGAGAAGCAGGUUCAUAUAAGCUUUUUGCCCGCAAAUACUCAAGGGUUCACAUUAUCCCCUGAGAGAGGACUCUACCACAAUUCACUGGGUAUUGCCCAACUCUCCCAGGCUAGCUCCAGCCAAUCAGAAAGAGACACCUCCGGGGUCAGCAUGACCAGCAUGGUUGAUGUUGUCAACACCACAGAGGUAUCAACGCCAGUAUCACUCUCUGGUACCUCCUCUUCUUCCUACACAACUUUGCUACCUACUCUGGAAAAGAAGAAACGAAAGCGAUGUGGGGUCUGUGAACCCUGCCAGCAGAAAACGAACUGCGGUGAAUGUACUUACUGCAAGAACAGAAAGAACAGCCAUCAGAUCUGUAAGAAGAGGAAAUGUGAGGAGCUGAAAAAGAAACCAUCCGUCAUUGUGCCUUUUGAGGUUAUAAAGGAAAACAAGAGGCCUCAGAGGGAAAAGAAGCCCAAAGUUUUAAAGGCAGAUGUUGACAACAAAACGGUAAAUGGCCCCACGUCAGAGUCCAUGGACUGCAGUAAAUGUGGUCAUGGGGAAGAACAAAGAUUGGAAUUGAACCCGAAACCCCCUGAAAAUGUAACUAAAAAUGAAGAAACCAUGACAGGUGUUGAGGUGGAGAAGUGGGCACAAAACAAGAAAUCACAUUUAACUGCCCACAUUAAAGGAGAUUUCAGUGCUAAUGUGACAGAAGCUGAAAAAUCAAAAACCUCUGGAAUUGACAAGAAACAAAACAAACCUCCAAAAUUGUUUGUACAAAAGCUAAGAAAUGGAAUUAAAAAUGUACACUAUUUACCACCUGAAACAAAAAUGUCAUUUAAGAAAUUCAAUAUUGAAGAAUUUGGCAAGGCAUUUGAAAACAAUUCCUAUAAAUUCCUAAAAGACCCUGCAAACCAUAACAAUGCCAUGAGCUCUUUCGCUCCUGGUGGGAGCUAUGAUCAUCUCAAGGGCAGAAGUAAUGCUUUAGUCUUCCAGAAGCCUGGUGUUAACUUUAAUUCUAAUCCUGAAUCUUCAAACUUUAACACAAAUAGUCCAAAUAGUACACACAAUGAAGGUGAUCAACCAAAAUCUCCGGAGAAUAUGACGAGUAAAGAACCAAAAGAUGGAUUUCCAGUUCAAGCACGAAUUUUAUCCUUAAUGAAAGAUAGGAGAUUAACAGUGGAGCAAGUGGUAGCCAUAGAAGCUCUGACUAAACUCUCAGAAGCCCCAUCAGGGAAUUCCUCACCCUCGAAAUCAGAGAACAGUGAAAGUGCAGAGCCAAGACCAUCUAGGUUGUUUAAUAGCCACCAGCCUGUCUCUUCUAUUGGAGAAGACCUCCAAGAGCCAGACACACAAGGAGAGUCACCAAACCUUCAUCACAGUUCAUCUUUGGAAAAGCAGAAUUCAUGUAAAAUAGCGAUAUUCAAUGGCCAAAAUACCCUUUCCAACUCACAUAUCAGCUCCGCUACUAGUAACCAGGCAUCCACGAAGUCACAUGCAUAUUCAAAAGUCACAAAUUCAGUAUCACUUAUUAUGCCAAAAACAAAUUCAUCCAAGAUUGACACCCAUAAAAAUAUUUCCAAAGGUAGAAUUACUCAUGACAGUUGUUCCAAGAUAUUGCAUCAGUUGCCACCAGGUAAUAAAUUGGGGUAUUGUAACCAGUUACUGGACAACAAUAAAAAUUUGGACUCAGUUGAUCUAUUAUGUAAGGACGCAGCCCAUACUCAAAUUGAGGAAGACGUUGCAACACAACUGACACAACUUGCAUCAAUAAUUAAGUCAAUUGAUAAAAAUCCCGAGGGCAGAAAAGUAGAAAGUAAUGAUGUGCAGCAAGAAUAUAUUCAGGAAAAGAGCGUAGUACAACAGAAAACACCUUCAAGUGUACAGAAUAAUAGUUCAUCAUCGACAAAGCAAAAGAAUACAAGCCAGAAAAAGACAAAGUCCACCCCAUCAAGAGAGCGGCGAAAAAAGAUGCCCCUAGUUGUAAGUAGUGAAGAAAAGCAUAAGCAGAAAGAGAAGAAAUGGUCACAUAAAUACCGUCUGUUACACGACAUUUGGAUUGGAUCCAGACUUCAAAGAUAUGGGCAAUUUUGUACACUUGCUUUUCCUAUUCUUUUUGGAGAAAUUCCUCCCAUAACCACAGCAUGUAGACCACCGGCACCAACAAGUUCCACCACACAAGAUAAAAAAUUAUUUCCUCCAGUCACUCAGAUAAAGUUUGAGAGAAGUACUGAAUCAGCCCAGCAAAAAAUGGUGAAGGGUGAACCAUUGGAUCCUCUUACUUUAUUCCAUUUAAAAACAGAAUCCAACAGGCAGGCAUCAACAGAUCAAGCUUGUAAUUCUCAGGUGCAGUCAACAGUGAAUGUCAGUCAGAAAGCUCAUCCUUCUGCCCAGCCUUCCUCUCCAUCUAACCAGUGUGCUACUGUGACAGCUGGCAAUGACCAAAUACAGGUGCAACACGAGGUUAAGGAGCAACCCGUGCAUCAGACUCUGCCGACAUUGCCUGGAAUCUGUAUUGAGACACCCUUACUGGACCAAGCGCAAAUUCACAGAAAUGUAAACGUAGUGUGUUCAGGUGGAAUUACAGUGGUUUCUACCAAAAGAGAAGAAGAGGUCUGCUCAUCUAGCAUUGGAGUAUCAGAAAUUUCCCCCACUGACAGUGCACAGAAAAAAUGCAAUGAUUAUGCCAUGAACAUCUUUAGUAACUCUACAAACAACCUGGUGUCUAUAACUAAAGAUUCUGAACCCCCCACCUGCAAUUGUGUUGAUCGAGUUAUACAAAAAGACAAAGGCCCAUAUUAUACACACCUUGGGGCAGGACCAAGUGUUGCUGCUGUCAGGGAAAUCAUGGAGAAUAGGUAUGGUCAAAAAGGAAAUGCAAUAAGGAUAGAAAUAGUGGUUUAUACCGGGAAAGAAGGCAAAAGUUCUCAUGGGUGUCCAAUUGCUAAGUGGGUUUUAAGACGAAGCAGUGAUGAAGAAAAAGUUCUUUGUUUGGUCCGGCAGCGUACUGGCCACCACUGUCCAACAGCUGUGAUGGUGGUCCUCAUCAUGGUGUGGGAUGGCAUUCCUCUUCCGAUGGCUGACAGAUUGUACACAGAGCUUACUGAGAAUCUAAAGUCAUAUAAUGGUCAUCCGACAGACCGAAGAUGCACCCUCAAUGAAAAUCGUACCUGCACAUGUCAAGGAAUUGAUCCAGAGACUUGUGGAGCUUCCUUCUCUUUUGGCUGUUCAUGGAGUAUGUACUUUAAUGGAUGUAAGUUUGGUAGAAGCCCAAGCCCUAGAAGAUUUAGAAUUGAUCCAAGCUCUCCCUUACACACCUACUAUGAAAGAAUUACUAAAGGACGUAAUCCAGAAAGAAGAUAUAUGAAACCGGAACGAAUCUGUCCGGGACACAAGGCCAUGGAGAAAAACCUUGAAGAUAACCUCCAGAGUUUGGCUACACAAUUAGGUCCUAUUUAUAAACAGUAUGCUCCAGUUGCUUACCAAAAUCAGGUAGAAUAUGAAAAUGUUGCCCGAGAAUGUCGGCUUGGAAGCAAGGAAGGUCGUCCUUUCUCUGGGGUCACUGCUUGCUUGGACUUUUGUGCCCACCCCCACAGGGACAUUCAUAAUAUGAAUAAUGGCAGCACUGUGGUUUGUACAUUAACCCGGGAAGAUAACCGCGCCUUGGGUGUUAUUCCACAAGAUGAGCAGCUGCAUGUGCUACCUCUUUAUAAACUUUCAGACACAGAUGAAUUUGGGUCAAGGGAAGGAAUGGAUGCCAAGAUCAGAUCUGGGGCCAUCGAGGUCCUCAAACCCCAGCGCAAAAAAAGAACACGUUUUACUCAGCCUGUUCCUCGUUCUGGUAAAAAGAGGGCUGCAAUGAUGACAGAGGUUCUCGCACAUAAGAUAAGAGCAGUGGAGAAGAAAGUCAUUCCUAGAAUGAAACGGAAGAAUAACUCCACGGCAACAAGCCACAGUAAGCCUUCCUCACUGCCACUCUUAGGGAAUACAACUGAGACAGUGCAACCUGAAAUAAAAAAUGAAACGGAACCCCAUUUUAUCUUUAAAGUUUCAGACAACACUAAAACCUAUUCCCUGAUGCCAUCCACUCCUCACCCACCAAAGGAAGCAAAUCUAUCUCCAGGUUUCUCCUGCUCCCUGAAGACUGCUCCGGCCACCACAGCUACAUUAAAGAGUGAUGCAAAAGCCUCCCAGGUGUUUUCAGAAAGGAAUAUCCUAUCCCACUGCACAACGCCUUGUGAAAGCCACAGCGGUGCCCAUGCAGCUGCUGGAGAAUGCACUGGAAUUGCACAGCCCGGUGAAAUGUCCCCUCUUUCCUCCCUGUCUACACCUAGGACAGAUUCCUUAGUUUUCUCUGAGCCUCCCACUGGUCCACCCGAGCAGCCAACUGCUAAUCAGCCAAAUCAGCAGUCUUCAUUCCUCCCCUCCCCUCAUGACCUCGCUUCCUCUCUGAUAGGAGAUGAUGAGCAGCAUUCUGAAGCAGAUGAGCCCCUGUCAGAUGAGCCUCUCUCCGAGGAGCCCCUGUCCCAGCCUGAAGAGAAACUGCCCCACAUUGAUGAGUAUUGGUCAGACAGCGAGCACAUCUUCUCGGAUCCCAAUAUUGGCGGGGUGGCAAUCGCCCCUGCACACGGCUCCGUUUUAAUUGAAUGUGCCCGACGGGAGCUUCAUGCUACGACUCCUGUUGAGCACCCAAACCGUAAUCAUCCUACUCGCCUCUCCCUUGUUUUUUACCAGCACAAAAACCUGAAUAAGCCCCAACAUGGUUUUGAACUAAACAAGAUAAAGUUUGAAGCUAAAGAAGCUAAGAAUAAGAAGAUGAAAGCCUCAGAGCAGAAAGACCAGGCAGCUAAUGAGGGUCCGGAAUUGUCCUCUGGAGUAAAUGAAUCAAACCAAAUUCCUUCUCGUAAAGCAUUAACAUUAACCCGUGACAAUGUUGUCACCGUGUCCCCUUAUGCUCUCACACAUGUUGCAGGGCCCUACAACCACUGGGUCUGAAUGCUUUCCCCUCCCCUCUUAAUGCCUUUGCUACUUCUGUGUAUUUUUUCAAGGUGCUGUUAAGAGAAAGUCAUCUUGUCGUUUACUAUAUCUUCAUCUCACCCAUUUCAAGUCAGAGGUAAAAAAAAAAUGCGGUGGGUAUUCUUAACUGUGACUAUAUUUUGACAAUUGGUAGAAGGUGCACAUUUUAAGCAAAAAUAAAAGUUUUAUAGUUUUAAAUACAUAAAGGAAAUGUUUUGGUUAGGUGUUAACCUUGAUAGAAUCACUCAGUUUGGUGCUUUAAAUUAAGUCUGUUUACUAUGAAACAAGAGUCAUUUUUAGAGGAUUUUUAACAGGUUCUAUGAUGAAAAAUCAAGAUACACAGUGUUAACUCUACACAGCUCCUGGUGCUUAAACCACAUCGACACAGUUAAAAAUAAGCUGAAUUAUUAUUUGAUGGUGCCAUUGUUCCAGCAUCUUCCAAUCAUUGCUAGAGAAUCCGCAUAUUCCUUUGAAAUAAACGUAUGAAAUGUUUUCUCAAAUUUCUCCUGUAUAAAGUAAUUCAUUAUUGUUAGUAAUGGUUGGAGGCUGUUCAGAAAUUGUAAAUAUAUAUUUUAAAAGCACUUUCUAUUUUUAAAAGUAACUUGAAAUAAUAGAGUAUAUGAAUCCUAUUGUCUAUUGUUUGCAUAUUUGCUUACAAGAGAAAUCAUUUACCUUUGCUGUGUAGAGUUCCAUCUUGUUAACUGCAAUAUGUAUUCUAAUCACAUGGUUUGUGUUCUUUUUAUGUGUCCUUUCACAUUCUCAAAUAUUAGCAAUUUAUAGCAUACAAAAUCGCUAAUGCAAAAAUUGUAAAUAAUCUCUAAUUGAAAUUAGGAAACAUCACCAGUAUUGAUCAACAUUUUCUUUGUUUCGAAUUAACUAAGAGCGUCUCUUCUGGCUUAUUCAGCAAAAAUGUUCUCAAUUUCCUUUCACUCCAGCUUUCUCAAUAUAAUCUAUGAGAAUGGUGUUACCAAAAGAGAUGAGAUAGAAUAGGUUUCAGAAGAGUCAGAUGUUUCUAAUGUUUCAAGGUGAUAAAAAUGUAAAAAUUAAGUUGCCGAAACCAUAUCCAUCCCAAAUUGCCUUAUUCUGAAAAUCUGAUACAGAAUAAUAAAGUGUAGAAAUCUUUAGAAAACAAAUUUCUUAUCAAAAAUCCUCCCCUCCCAUACCCCAGUUGAAUAGUAGAAAUGGUUUUAUAAACAUGGUUUUGUCUAUUAAAGGCUAAUCCAUUCAUUUAGCAUAUUAUAUUUGGGAAAAUGAUUACUUGUUAUAAUUGCCUGUUUUCUAGGUAACAGGAACACAGGCAUUUUGUUCAUUCCCCCCCCCCAUUAUUUUACUGACUCAUUUAAGGCAAAACAAAAGGGAUUACCCAAACAACAUGUUUAGAAUGAACUCUCAAUGUAAUACUUGAUUCUGUUAAAAUGUAGAGGUGCUAUAACAUUCAAAGUGUCAGAUUCCUUGGGAGUAUGGAAAACCUAAUGGUGCUUCUCCCUUGGAAAUGCCAUAGGAAGCCCACAACCGCUUAUACCCAAAAUUUUGGUGCAAAAGCAAACAGUUCCAGUAAGCUCUCUAAGGAAAAACAUGUUGUAACUUAUUUAAAAUAUAUAUGGUGCAAAGUAUCAGUUUCAAGCUUUUGACUAAACCAAGUAAAGGAAUAUGAAGGGAUUGUAAAUAAUAAAAUGUCAAUUGACAGACCAUCAUCCUGUACAAGCAGAUAUCUGCUUCUUGAAUAUGUAAAAUAGGGUAAUUCAUUUACUUGUUUUAGUAUUUUGUGUGCCUUAGAUUUCCGUUUUAAAACAUGUAUAUUUUUGUGAGCCUAAGGUUUCUUAUGCAUAUAAGUAUAUGAAUAAGUGAUCGUUUAUUGCUUCAGCUGCUUCAGUGAGAUAUUUACUAGUAUUAGAUUAUCAGGAAUACACCCUUGUGAUAUUACCUUUUAGAUUUUAGGCCUUAGCUCCCACUAGAAAUGAUUUCCUCAUCCAAUUUAAUGGGUAAAGUUUUAUGGCCCUUUAUCCAUCCGCCCAUCUGUUCCAGUCUACACUUAACUGAAUACCUGAAACUUUUCAGCAUCCUUUUCGUUUUUCUUUGCAUUUUUUUAUUUGUUUUCGUGAUGGUUUGUAAAGGCUAGUCAAGUAAAAGCAGUGAGAGUGGAAAAGAAACAAAGAAACCUGUAACUGGUUCUGAUCAAUGAUGUGUAAACACCAAACACCACUGCCGCUUUUACUUUCUAGUGAAGCAUCACCUAUAACAUAGUGAACUUGAGGAAUUACGAUUUUAAAACAUGACCUUAUAAAUAUUUUUAAAGGAAAUAGCAAAUUACCUUAAACAAUCGUGAUAAUAUAUCUACCAUUUUCCAAAUCAAUUUCUCUGCCUUUAAAGACGUUUCUUAACAAUUUAAUCAUUAAACAUCAGUGUUCAAUUAUGGAACUGUUAGGAAUUGUGAAUCUUGUUGCAGUUUACUAAAGAAGUUAAAAUACCUAGUCUCAACUAAAAUGUUUCCAUUCCAUUGCUGUAUUUAACAUCAUGAAUGGACUGCCUACCCUGUUUGCCCUCCUGUAGGAACCACAUUGGAUUCCUACUUUGGACUCUUAUUUCCUAAUUUUAAUAGUUCCUGGUCCCAUUCCCUGCCCUGUGAUUUUAAAACAGCUUGUGCUUAUUCAAUGUUCUGGCACAUUGUCAUUGUAUGGUGGCUAUACUGCUUUUAGUAUGCUCUUUCUCAUGAAACAAGGAAAUAAAUUUAUUUGAAAUGACAAUUUCACUCCUAAAACUGACCAUCUAACAUUUCUUCCCCUCUUGUUUUAUUGCGAUGAUCUCCUUUUCUUAUCUUGUAUGUAUAGUACUCAAAUUGGGUUUUAAAUCUUCUGCAUUUGUCCAUGUUAUGAUCAUUGAAUUCAUUGAUACAAGACCUCUAUGUUAGCCCACUUAAUUCAAAGUAUGUUGCAAAGUUACCAGCGCCUACCUGUUAGGGAAUCCUACAAACUCCUGCCCCUCAAAUCCAUUUCCAAUGGUUCUUUGGCCAUUGUUAAAAUUUCUUGUUUUCUUGCACUUGUCAGACUUACAUCUUUUUUUCCAUUUCAUCCACACAGUACAAAAUAAGACAUAUCAUAAACAUAAUGAAAUAUAUUAUUGAAAAGUGAGGCUAUCUGAAAAUGUAUAGUCUAGGUAAAUUGGUGUAACAUGUUUACAUCUCAAAUAACCUUCCAACAUAAAGUCUGCAUGUGGAUGAAAUAAUUUUCUUAAAUAUAGAACAUCAAUUAGAUGAGAUCCAUAAUCAAUUUACUUAAGGCAUAACACCAAUACUUACUUAAUUGAAUGCAUGCCCUUGUGUAAAUGAGCCACUGUUUUAAUUUACAUGAAAUAACCUACUUUCUAACAUUACUCCAGUGGACCUCUACUUAUUAUCAUUUCAUAAUAGCAUGCUUGAAAAUAACCCUAAUCUCUUUUUUAAACGAAAAUUAACUUUUUAACCUGAGAAAAAGUUAUGACAUUAUUGCAUGACAACUUCCACCAAUAGUGGGCACAGCAUAUGAUAUGCAGGUGCCAACUAAAUCAGUGCAACCUUUGCACUGUGUGCAACCUUUAUAGUUACCUUCAAUUUCACAUCUCAAUGCACAGAAAUCUUUUUGUCUCAAAUCUAACACAACUAUAAGCUUUGAUCUGUGGAAAUUUAUGACAAAAGAAUUGUGAAAUAAGGUGAUAUGGUAGCGGGCUCUCAAAGUGGUAAAAGCCACCUUAGAAAUAAUAAUUCAAUCACUGAGGCCAGUAGAGGUUUUCAAUUCCCCUGGAACUUAAAACAUAUGUAAGAAGUUAGGAAAGAUUGGAUUUUUGAAACAAGUAAAGGUUAUUUCCACUGUAUAUACUACCUAGACAUAAUUGUACAGUCUAUUCAUUCCCCUAACCUAGUUGGCCUCACAAUUAAGUCCUAGCAUAGUGUAUUGUGAUGUGGUUGUCUACAUGAAUUGGAGUCCCAUUGUACUGUGCAUAGCUCCUAAGCUUGCCCAUAUUGUAUAGAACUUGUAAUUGUUUUCAUGUCUCUUUGAGAGAAGGUCUCUGUCACCCUGGAUAGAGAGCCUUGGCAUCAUUAUAGCUCACAACAACUUCAAACUCUUGGGCUUGAGCAGUUCUCUCGUCUCAGCCUCCUAUGUAGCUGGGACUACAGGCAUGGACCACUGUAGUGGGCUAAUUUUUCUGAGUAGAGACAGGGUCCCAAUCUUGCUCAGGCUGGUCCCCAACUCCUGACAUUAGGUGAUCCUCUUGCCUGGGCCUCUCAGAGUGCUAGGAUUACAGGCGUGAGCAUCUCACCUGGCCUUGAACUUACUUGUAACACCAGUCACAGGACACCACUUAACCAAGAGAUGUAAUCACUACAUGGCUGCUGAAGGGAAUCUGGAUUUAUCAGAAGCGUGCUCCAGGUUGAGCUUUCUACCAACAGCUUUAGAGAAUGAUGUAAACUAGGCAGUGCCUGUGGCUCAGUGAGUAGGGGGCCUGUCCCAUAUACCAAGGGUGGCGGGUUUGAACCCGGCUCUGGCCAAACUGCAAAAAAAAAACAGCCGGGCAUUGUGGGGCACCUGUGGUCCCAGCUACCUUGGAGGCUGAGGCAAGAGAAUCGCCUACGCUCAAGAGCUGGAGGUUGCUGCGAGCUGUGACACCACGGCACUCUACCAAGGGUGACAUAAUGAGACUAUUUCUUAAAAAAAAAAAAAAACGAUGUAAACCACGGCUCAGGAAUGCAACUCAGAAAGUUGGAAUCUGUAUUUCAUUGGAAGCAAAAAUUGUGUGUUUUUAAAAUUUAUUUAGAUUCAUUGGCAUGGAUUCAUUAUAUAAAAUAGAAACUGAAUUCUUCUGUUAAUUUCUGAAAAAUUCGAGGUGGACUUUCUGGAGGAUAUCUAUUUCUGUCCACCUUGAACUCUACAAACUCAAGUUCUCUGCCUUCUAGUAUCUGGAUGAUGUUAUUUCCUUUUUCUUUUGGACUCUCAAUUAAAUACUAUUAUUUGCUUUGAAAGGCAUAUAUUUUAUUCCCUCAAGCUAUCCAAAGGUAAUCUUUAUUUUGCUCAUUUUCUUUUUUUUGUAGAGACAGAGUCUCACUUUGUCACCCUCAGUAGAGUGCUGUGGUGUCACACCUCUCACAGCAACCUCCAGCUCCUGGGCUUAGGUGAUUCUCUUGCCUUAGCCUCCCAAGUAGCUGGGAAUACAGGCACCUGCCACAACACCCGGCUAUUUUUUUGUGGGAGUUUGGCUGGGGCUCGUUUGAACCCGCCACCCUGGGUAUAUUGGGCCGGCACUCUACCCACUGAGCCACAGGCGCCGCCCUUGCGCCUCAUUUUUAAGGGCCCUGUAGUGUGCUCAAACUUCUCUUUUGGUAAUAUGCUGUAUUUACUAUUUUUUCACAAUAUUUAAUAUUCCUAGCUGUAAAAUUCCAUCAUUAAGUCUAUUUAUCAUUGGCUGCAAAACCCCCGAUCCUUCCUGGAACGUAAAUUUUCUGGUUUGUUCAACUGUAGAUGUCCUAUGUUCAAGCAAAACUUGGUCCAAGAUAGGAAUGUUAUUAUCAGAUAAUAAAACAUACUAGCUGGCUCGGUGCCUGUGGCUCAAGCAGCUAAGGCACCAGCCACAUACACCUGAGCUGGUGGGUUCGAAUCCAGCCCGGGCCCGCCAAAAGAUGAUGGCUGCAACCAAAAAAUAGCUGGGCAUUUUGGGGGGGUGCCUGUAAUCCCAGCUACUUGGGAGGCGGAGGCAGGAGAGUCGUUUGAGCCCAGGAGUUGGAGGUUGCUGUGACGUGUGACAUCUCAGCACUCUACCCAGGGCGACAGCUUGAGGCUCUGUCUCAAAAAAUAAAAAAUACUAGCUGAUUGAACCGUUUAAGUUUGACUAUAACUUUGAAACUCCUUGCUUAACAGUAUAAACCUAGUUUUCCUAAAAAUAAAAAUUUUGUCCCUAGCAACUGUUACGUAAGGCAUUCUCUUUUGUCUUGUUCAUAGAAAGAAAUCUUGCAACUGUCAGAAUGUUUUUCAUUCUAGUGGAACCAACAUCGGAAAGUAAUUUGGUUUCUUCUCCAAUUGGCAAAGUAUGAACCUUAAAGUCCUUAACCAGCAAUUCUCCUUGUUUUCUCUUUUUACUGAAGCUGCAGUCUUACUAAGUACCCUCUCAUUCUUUUCACGGUUUUUAUUUUUUUCUUCAGGUUCUCUUUAAAUUAAAAUCAUCUACCUGUUCCCUCUCCAUUUCUCUGUCCUGUCUCCAUUACCCAGAUACCUUACAUGAAUAUACAUGGUUCAUUUUAAGAAUAGCAGUGAUCUUGGGUGGCGCCUGUGGCUCAGUCGGUAAGGCGCCGGCCCCAUAUACCGAGGGUGGUGGGUUCAAACCCGGCCCCUGCUGAACUGCAACCAAAAAAUAGCCAAAAAAUAGCUGAGCGUUGUGGCGGGCGCCUGUAGUCCCAGCUACUCGGGAGGCUGAGGCAAGAGAAUCACUUAAGCCCAGGAGUUGGAGGUUGCUGUGAGCUGUGUGAGGCCACGGCACUCUACCGAGGGCCAUAAAGUGAGACUCUGUCUCUACAAAAAAAAAAAGAAUAGCAGUGAUCUUGGUCAAGUUGUCUUUCCCCAUCUUUUAAAAUAAUGUCUCAGAAGUCCUUUGAAGUGUAAUGCCCUAAGGAACCAAGAGCUUUCAUUCAACUCAUUUUCAGGUAUAGGGAAAUUCAGUUUUUAGGAGUAGGUAAGAAGUCACAAGAUCAAGGUUAAUAAUCUGAGUGCUCUCCCUCUACCUAUCCCAAUAAUGUUUUACUCUUUGUAUUAGUGUUUGAGUAUUUUAUAUACAAAUUGUAUAAGAAGUUAAAUAUUUUAAGUAUAUUUCUGUAUGGCUUUAUUAUGUCUAAUGGAAAUAUGCCCCUUUGGAAUUCUUUGGUUGUUGGCAGUAAUAGGAGCUAUUCUAUCUCAAUGAGAAAGGUUAAAAAAUGAAUUGGAGGUAAUUGGAAGAGGGAAUAAGAAAGCCAUCACAAUGUGUUUUUUGAGAAUAAGGAGAAAUUAAGGGGCAGAAAGGAGGGACAAUUGUGCUCCCAUCAGUAGAGUUCACUCUUCCUAGCUUAAGAGCAAGAAAUAUUUUGAAUAUUUCUUCUCUCUACUCCAUAAUCUAUCUGGGAAAAUUGCUGGAAAAAACGAGGAAUCACUUUGAAAGCAAAUAAGGUAGUAAUAAAAAAGUAUAAUCCUUAUACAUUAUUGUAUUUUAGGUUAUUAAACUGUUCUGCUGUGUGCAACUUUUCCCCCUCAAUACUGAGGGUUAGACAGGCAAGGGACUUUUUUGUGUGUGUUUUUUUUGGCCGGGGCUGGGUUUGAACCCACCACCUCCGGCAUGUGGGACUGGCGCCCUACUCCUUGAGCCACACCACCCAGGCAAGGGACUUUUAAAUGGGAAGAAUAGCAAAUGGCAAUAGCAGGCUCCCAUCACAGCAGGUUAAUCAAUUGAAAAUAAAACAUUUGGCCAGGAGUGGUGGCUCACGCCUGUAAUCCUAGCACUCUGGGAGACCAAGUCAGGUAGAUUCCUUGAGCUCACAGGUUUGAACCAGCCUGAACAAGAGUGAUCUAUCUCUACUAAAAAUGAAAAACUGAGGUAAGGGGAUAACUUGAGCCCAAGAGUUUGUGGUUGCUGUGAGCUGUGACACUACGGCACUCUACAAAGGAUGACAAAGUGAUACUCUGUCUCCAAAAAAUAAAUAAAUAAAAUAAAACAUUUAAUAUCUGUAGACUGCUAAAUGCAUUUCUGUACCAUAAGCAAAGACUUAAGAGUAGAAAAUUUGCAGACCUGAUCUGAGCAUAAUCUAAAAUCUUAUUUGCAAAAAUAUUUCUUAUUGUGUUUACUAAAGAAGGUCUCACAAAUUUCCUAAUUUCUGCAUUAGUGUUUCAAUUUAUGAAGUUUUAUAAUUUUUCCUCCUUAGAAAAGCUCUUUUCAUAAAGGAAAUCCCUGUACAACUAAAAUGGCUUCUAAAUAUAUUUCUUAAACAUUGCUUUAACAAAGAUUAAGGUAAGCAUGUCACAAUCAAAAUUUAAUGUAUUAGUUAUACUGACAUGCAGACUUCUUGAAGUAAAUGUGCUAGGUCGACAUUAUAUUUCCCAGCCCCUUAUGGUAAAAAUGCAAACUUGUCAGCAUCUCUUAAGAAAUAGUACUGUCGGGGCAGCGCCUAUGGCUCAGUGAGUAGGGCGCCGGCCCCAUAUGCCGAGGGUGGCGGGUUCGGACCCAGCCCCGGCCAAACUGCAACAGAAAAAUAGCUGGGCGUUGUGGCGGGCACCUGUAGUCCCAGGUGCUUGGGAGGCUGAGGCAAGAGAAUCGCAUAAGCCCAAGAGUUAGAGGUUGCUGUGAGCUGUGUGAUGCCACGGCACUCUACCUAAGGGCAGUACAGUGAGACUCUGUCUCUACAAAAAGAAAAAAAAAAAAAAAGAAAUAGUACUGUCUCCUACUUAGUUGAGUGUGUUUUGUUUUGUUUUUUGUCCUGCUUUGUUUCCAGCCACACAAAAUCUGUGGAUCGAUGAAUGAAUAUACCUUUGCCCAGAAAAUUAAGAAAAAUAAUGAGAUAUAUUUGUAAAGUUUUUAGUAACCUCUUUAUAGUAACAACUAUAACCUUAUAAUUAUAUUUACAACUAUAAAGAGGUAGGUUAUUUGGCCAUCCUGUUAGCACAUUCUGGGUCACCAAAAAAAUAGGCCAAACUGCUCUAAAUAUUCAAAUUCCCCUUUUGGUAAUUCAGUUCCGUAGCAGCCUCUCUUCACCAAUCCCAGUUUGUGCUGUGAUGAAAUGGCUUUACAAAAAUAGGUCUUUAAAACACGUUAAAUAUUUUUUAUUGCAAUGUGUCUUUUUUUGUUAACUUUUAUGAGAUAACAUUGUGAUAGGUGCUUUAAGAGAAAUAUUUUUCCAGUAAUGGUUUAUAGUAAAAACUAAUGGCAGCUUUUGCAUUGUAAUGUAUGGAUGGAUGGUCAUAUUUGGGUUACUAAGAAAUCUGGUGUUCCCUAACAAAAAACUUGCAAAAAUACUUGGUAGGAAGAAAAUAUUAAUUUCUAGGUUUGUUCAUUUUCUCUCUUGCACUAUGGUUAUCUACCAAGUAAUUCUCCCUUUGUUCAAAGAAGAACCUAAACACUUAUUCUUGGCGGGAGUAAAAUAUUCAUAGAUUCUUCACCACGGUGGAAUAGAGUAGUGCUGACUUCUCAGUGCAGAAAUAGCAAUUUCUUAAGUUAAUAUUCCUGUCUUCUGGCCAGGCGAAGUGGCUCACGCCUGUAAUCCUAGCACACUGGGAGGCCAAGGUGGGUGGAUUGCCUGAGCUCACAGGUUUGAGACCAGCUUGAGCAACAGCAAGACCCCGUCUCUAAAAAUAUCCGGGUGUAUCUGGGUGUUGUGGCGGGUGCCUGUAGGCCCAGGUACUUGGGAGGCUGAGACAAGAGAAUCACUUGAGCCCAAGAUUUUGAAGUUGUUGUGAGCUGUGACGCCACAGCACUCUACAAAGGGCGACAAAGUGAGAUUCUUGUCUCCAAAAAAAAAAAAAAAAGGAAAAAAUCCUAUCUUCUAGCUGACCUCUUUUUCUCUUUGGGGUGUAUUUACUAUUUAUUUUUUACCUUUGAUUUUUUUGCUUUGGAGGAUUUAUUUUUACCUAUUGCCGUCCUACUGUAUUAAAUAUCCUGUACAAUGAAAUAACUUAGCAAGGAAAUGCUUUUAAAACUCAACAAAGUCCGUUUUUAAGUUUUAGUAUAUGCAGGAAACAGUUUUUAAAGAAAGCACUUCACCAUGUAGAAGGGAAAGAGAUAAUUAUGAUGAUUUCAAUUCAUGAUCAACAAUCAGUCCUCUACAAACAAGGGAACACUUACUAGCAGUACUUGAAGACUUGUAAGUUGGAAUUGCAUGUUACUUGAAAGAUCUAAUUAAGCUAAAUUUUGGUGCACAGCAGUUGUACAUGAUUUCAUGUUUAUGUAGCAAAAUGCAUUGAAAUGUUAUUAGUAUUGAAACAUACAUGUAAAGAUAGUUGUGGAAAUUGUUCUAUUUUCCUUGUGUGUCUCAGUUGUUUAGAACAUAAAGGUUUUUUUUUUUUUGAAUUGUUCUAACUGAAUAAGGCUAAAUGAAUACUGUAAUUGAAAAUAUAUUUUAAAUCUUUGUCAUGAGUUUUUUAAAAAAACUAUUGCGAAUUGUAUCAUUCCUGAUUACACAGAACUUUGUGGGUGGUUUUAAAUAAAUUUUAUACUUCUAUUUUGCA